GUUGUGAAGUGUGAAAUGAACGAGCUUGGUCAGUUAGUUACCGUACCAUGGAAGCAGCAGCAGCAUCUUCUUCUUUGUCUCUGCUUUCGUUAGCGAGUGUGAAAACUAGGAGCAAAGUCGCACAGAACUGUCACGUGACUCAACAAAGACAACGUUGUAAUCAUGUUUGUGUUAAGAAUGCAAGAAGAACAAGGGUGACUGCUGUGCCUGUGAAUGUUGAUGAUGUAACCACAGUACUUGACCCUGCUCCAGUGGAAGUCACAUGGCAAAUUGUGGUUGGAGCUAUAGCUGGGGUUACCCCUUUUGUGGUGGCAGGGAUUGAAUUUAGCAAAAGAAUUAUAGCUCAAAAAAGAUGCGAGGUGUGUGGAGGGUCAGGGCUUGUUCUUAGGGAAAAGGAAAAGGACUAUCUCCGUUGCCCAGAAUGUGUUUCUUUCAUUUUGGUUAUGAGGAGCUAUGACAAGUGUAUGACGGCAAAUUCUAGCGUUUCUUUGGUGGGUUUCUUCCUUGGCAAUCCUGGAAAAGAUUCUUCUCCGGUUAAUUUCUACAGCAUUGUACAAAAAACCAUACUUCAACAAAUGACAACUUUAUUUUAGCAGAGAUUCUCUGUUUGUGAUAACAUUCUCUAUCAUACACAAAUGUAAACAACAUAGUAAAGCCAUUUGCAAUGAUUACCAACUAAAAAAUUUAUAAGAAACAUUGUAAUUCCUUUUUUGAGAGAAAUGGUAUUUGCUACCUUAUUGAUAUACUCA